UUCUGCUGUGUUUCCUUUGUUAUGAUGCAUAACAAUUUGUGCUCCAUAUUCGUACGUUGUUUUGUGGUCCCUUAAACUUGUGAAGCACAAUAAUGGUGCAUUCCUGAACUGAUCCACGAACGCCCUCAACGUCCGAUGUGGGACUGCGCAGUGAUCGGUUGCCCGAACGGCAGGUACAUCGCCCAGAAAAGUUUGACCCGUGUCUCCUUUCAUGUGUUUCCGCAUCCCGUGCGUGAAGCGAAUCGCUUCCGACGAUGGCUUACCAUCAUCAACAAUCCGCGGCUGCUGCGAAUGAACCCGAUGAGCGUGUUCAAGAGUGUGCGAGUCUGUCGGCGACAUUUUGGACCCGAUUGUUUCAAUGGCGAGUGUCGUAAGUUGCUACCGAUCGCCGUGCCCUCGCUAAAUCUGCCGGAGGUGAGGCCCGUAGCGUUGGUGCAGCCGAUGGAUGCGGUAGGCGAUGAGCUGGAACGAUUGUUGCGGGAAGAGCGCAGGCAGCAGCUGAAGCGGCACGGUGCAAUCGAGACACCAAUGUUCGACGAUGAGACCAAUGACUGUGGCAAGCGGUCAAAGAUAGGCAUUUCUUUGCUGUCGUCGGAUGCGGAAGAAGCCGAAUGCAGCACCGGUGACCGAUUCAUCGACAGGAUUAUUGAGUUCGAUGUAAAGCAAGAGUAUGACGAUGCGUCGUUGGCUAGCGAUUUAAGACUGUCGACAGUGUGCGAUGCGGGUUACGGAUUGUCCAGCUUCACCGGCAUGGUUAUGAGCCGAUCAGCCGAUCUGGACACGCUGAAACAGGUAGAGAUACUGAACGAACCGCCCGAGACGUUGUUGAAUGAUUCGCCAGCAUCGGAAGAUGGAUCGAAUCACGUGCCGAUCGAAAAGGGCUACGAGCAGCUGGUCCGAGAGUUCGCCAGUGAGGCUAGCAAUGAUGAGCAGGAGCAGCAAAUCCAAAGAAACGCGCAGUGUAUGAACCGACAGGACGACAAAUCGCUGCCGUCGGAAGAUGAUUCUAGGAAGCGGAACAGUACCUCACGGUUUUCGAAAGGUUUGCCAUGUGCGGCGCUUGUGUGACUUUAUCUCUGCAAUCAACUUUCCGUACAACACAUUCCGAGUUUGCUGCACGCCCCCCAACCACUGUCUCGGUCCAAAUUUAAAGAAACAAAAAAACGGUUGGAAUUUGUGGCGACCGGUCAUUUCUGUACCCUCUUUCAUAGCCGAUCACAGCGCAGCUCCACUCAACGAAGAGUUCUUCCAGAAGUGUCGUACCGACUUUUACGACUGCCCAAAGAAUGUGCUCGCGCAGAACGUGUGCACCCGGAUAGAUCCGUUCGAUGCGUGUUUGUCGCGUAAAUCGCUAGAAAACACGCAGCACGUCUUCACGUACAAGAUCGAGAACGAAGGCAAACCGCUGACGAACCAGAAAAGCUCCGGUCGGUGCUGGCUGUUUGCCGCGCUGAACUGCAUUCGUAUCCCCUUCAUCAAGCAGUACAAUCUGGACGAGUUCGAGUUCUCGCAGGCGUACCUGUUCUACUGGGACAAGAUCGAGCGGGCCAACUACUUCCUGAACAAUGUGGUCGAUACGGCCAAGCGCGGUGAAGCGGUCGACGGUCGGCUGGUAUCGUUUCUGCUGAACGAUCCGACGUGCGACGGUGGCCAGUGGGACAUGCUGGUGAACCUGAUCAACAAGCACGGACUGAUGCCGAAGAAAUGCUUCCCGGAAAGCUACAGCUGCGAGGCGAGCACUCGGAUGAAUUCGGUCGUAAAGAGCAAGCUCCGUGAGUAUGCAAAGGAUCUGCGAAAGCUCAUUAAUAUCGGGGCGUCGGACGAGGAGGUGAAGGAACGGAUGAGGAAGCAGAUGAACGAGGUGUACAACAUCGUCGGCAUCUGUCUGGGCAUUCCGCCGGAAAAGUUCACCUGGGAGUACUAUGACAAAUCGAAGAAGUAUUUGAACAUCGGUCCGAUCCGUCCGAUCGAUUUCUACGAGAAGUACGUGAAGCCUUACUUCAACGUUGACGAUAAGGUGUGCCUGGUGACGGAUCCGCGCUCGUCGAACCUGUACGGCCGCUCGUACACGGUCGACUGUCUCGGGAAUGUGGUCGGUGGGCGGCCGGUGCUGUACAACAAUCAACCGGUCGAGCUGCUGCUCGAUUUGGUCACGAAAGCGCUCAAGUUCGGUGAACCGGUCUGGUUCGGGUGCGAGGUUAACAAGCGUUUCGCGGGCAAGCAAGGCAUCGAGGAUUUGGACGUGCAUGACUUCAAGCUGGUCUUUGGAGUAGACAUUCAGACGACGAUGGAUAAGGCCGAACGGCUGCUGUACGGCGAGUCGAUGAUGACACACGCCAUGGUGUUUACGGGAGUGUCAGUUGAUCCAAACAGCCAAAAGCCGACCAAGUUCCGGGUGGAAAACUCGUGGGGCGAGGACCGUGGUGAGAAGGGUUACCUAAUAAUGACGGCCGAAUGGUUCAAGGAGUUUGUGUUUGAGGUGGUCGUCGACCGCAGCAUAGUGAGCCAGGACGUGCUGGACGUAUUUGAUCUCCCGCCAAUAGUGCUGCCCGCCUGGGAUCCCAUGGGCACGCUGGCAAAGUAAGACGUGCGACGAUUGUGUCGGUUGGAUUGAGCUCGUUUUGUUCGCAUCGCAGAGGGCAGAGGGCAGCAGCUGCAGGAACCUCUCUCGCGGUCCACCCAAGCUAGGAAAUGACCGUUUGUUUACUAUCAAAUAUUUUACACAACCGCAAAAUCAUACAACCGUCUAAAGUAAUGUUGCAGCUUGUAGAUAUAUAUAUGUGCACGCCCCGCAGAGGCGGUUAUUGCUGCCGCUACUGCUGCUGCUGCUGCUACUGCUACCGUUUUGUCGCGACAACGGAUGGUUUCGGGCCCUUUUUUGCACACAUGGAGCAUAGAACGCCCUCUCAAUCCACUUAACACUCUCAACCCCUUUCCUUCAUGGCCGCUCGUUGCGGUGAUUGUGCUGGUGGGUGGGACAACCACGGCUACGUUGCGCCCGUUACAUACAAAAUCGAAUUACUCUUGAUAUACACAAUUAACCUUUAGGUAUGUAGAUUGAGCAUACAAAAUAUCCGUUUGAUGUGAGAUUGAUGCAUGCGAACGCGCAAGGAAGAAGUGUGAAUAAUAACAAGAAUUAUAACUUUUUUAUAAUGAAAAAAAAGGAGAAAUAGAAUUUGCAAUAUA